CUCCCCGAAUCUAGAUUCAGUAGUAGGUUCUUCAAAAAGGGAACCCUCUUCACCAUCUGGUUCUUGAAUAAGGCGAGGCGUUUCGUUCUUUUUUUUUUCCCUUCAAGAUUCCUGCAACUGACGACAACAACAUUUGAUCAAACAUUUGAUCAAAGAUGAGAGCCAUAACCGGUUUCAGCUUCUUCUCCAAGAUGGCUUAUUCCAAAAAGAAACCUUCUCCCUCAAUACCUAAGAAAGGCUUCGACUCGUCAGAGAUCGACCUCACAAUCGACAACGCCGCAGAGAUCAUCGAGAAAUGGAACACAGAGUACGUUUCCACGACAAAGUUCUAUUCUCUGUUCUGCGAGAGCAAGAAAGAAGCCAACAAGUUCAUAAACGGCGUCAAAGAUUUGCAAAAAUCGAUGGAUUCGUUGAUCACAGAAGAUCCAAACUCCGAGAGUCUCCUCAGAGCGCAGAAGCUCAUGCAGGUCGCUAUGAAACGUCUCCAGAGCGAGUUUUACCAGAUUCUUUCGAUGAACCGUGCGCAUCUGGAUCCUGAAACCGUCUCUACAUACUGUGAGGACGUUCGCCACCGCCACGAGUCUCGUCUUGCUGGUGACUCCAUCGUCGAGGUUGAAGAGGUCUCCAAGAGCUCUAUGAAGGAGCUGAAGUCCAUCGCCGAGUGCAUGAUCGCUGCGGGUUACGCGAAAGAGUGUGCGAGUACCUACAAAUGCUUUAGAAAAUCGAUAGUCGACGAAGGGAUGCACCGUCUCGGAGUCGAGAAGAUAAGCUCUUCCAAGGUGAAGAAGAUGCCGUGGGAGGUUGUCGAGAUGAAGAUGAGGAGCUGGAUCGAUGCGGUUAACGUCUCGAUGAAGACACUCUUCAGCGGGGAGAAGACUCUAUGCGAUGAAGUCUUCGAAGGAUCUGCCUCUCUCAGAGAGUCUUGUUUUAGAGACAUAUCUAAAGAAGGAGCUCUGCUUCUGUUAGGGUUUCCUGAAAGCGUUGCCGUGAGAGACAAGAAAAAUCCGAACCCUAAAAAGAUUUUUCCGUUGCUUGAUAUGUACGGCACCGUUAUUGAGAACUUACCUAUGAUUGAGUCUAUCUUCUCGUUCCAAUCAGUGUCUUCUGUUCGGUCUCAAGCUCUCAGCUCGCUUAACAGACUCAGCGAGUCCAUUCUCUCCCACCUGGUGGAUUUUGAGUCUGAGAUAAGGAAAGAUUCAUCAAAGACGGUGGUUAAUGGCGGAGAUGUGCAUCCGCUGACUAUCUCCGCCAUGGACCACUUCUCUCGCCUGGCGGAGUACAGUGACAUUCUCGUGAAUAUCAUAAAAGGAUCAUCUUCUUCCGCUAAAACAUUGCUUCCAAAAUCUUACUUCAAUGUCUCUGAAUCAUCAGAGGGAUCUGAGGUGAGAGUGCGGUUCGCGUGGAUGAUUCUCGUCCUCCUAUGCAAGAUCGACGGCAAAGCAGAGAUGUACAAGGACUUCUCCGUGCAAUAUCUCUUCUUGGCCAACAACCUCCAGCACGUGGCGUCACGUGCACGCUCCACCACGGGCCUUAAGCGCCUCCUCGGCGACGAAUGGAUCGCGAGGCAUUUCGAGAAAGUCGGGCAGUUCGCUAGAAGCUACGAGAGGCUCGCGUGGGAACCACUCGCGUCGAUGUGUCCGAAGACGGAGAUGUCGGUGGAGGAAGCGAAGACGCAGCUCGAAAGGUUCAGCGAGUGUUUCGAGAGCACGUGGGAGUCGCAGAGCGCGUGCGUCGUGCCUGAUCCGAAGCUGCUGGAGGAGAUGAGAACCUCGAUCGCCGAGAAGCUGUUGCCGGCUUAUCGUGAUUUUUAUAACGCUCAUGCGAACGCGGUUAUAUUGGCGGGAACGGAUGGUGGGUGGAAUGUCCGGUAUACCCCUGAUGAUGUCGCAAAGUACUUGUCGGAGUUGUUUAGCGGGAAAGGUACUGUUUUGGAGGAGUCAUGUGUGUUUCGGACAUCUUUCGGUCUUGUUACAGCUCGUAACUCUUCUCGACGAAAGAAGCGGUCUUUGUCAUGCAGAAGAUUUUGA